GAUCUCUAGCCAGGAAAAAAAUGAUCACAGAGGCUCUACUAGUAGAGGAAGAGGUAGAGGAGGCUAUCGUGGCCAUGGACGAGGCUAGGGGGGAUCAAGCUCAACUCGUCAGAAGUACGAGAAUGGAGAAAGAGGCAACCAGAAGCAAAAUUAUAAGGGGAAGCAGUGCCAUUUUUGCAAGAAACAUGGGCACAUCAAGUGGAUGUAGUAAUCAUAUGACAAGUGUUAGAAGAUUUUUUCAGAAUAUCGAUGAGACAGUGAAGCUGAAAGUUCAACUUGGAGACAAUAAUGUGGGUCAGUUGGUAGAGAAUGGGUAUUUGGUUGAAUUUCAUGAUGGCUUGUGUGAAAUCAAGUGUAGUAAAUCUGAUAUGCCUUUUGCUAAGAUUCCCAUGGCUAAAAAUAAAAUGUUUCCACUUGAGAUCUCAUGUUUGAAUGACCUUGCACUUGUUGCUAAUGUUAAAGAUGACUCCAAGUUAUGGCAUUUGAGAUAUGGACAUUUGCAUUUUAAUGGGUUGAAAUUGUUGAGUCAAAAAAAGAUGGUUUAUGGUUUACCUUCUAUUGUUCCUAUUGAUGAUGCUGAAGCAAUUGCUACUGCUGUUCAUAUUCUCAACAUUUCUCCAACAAAGGCAGUGCGUAAUAUGACUCUAUAUGAAGCAGGGUGGAAAUGGAAGCCCAAUGAAUGGGAAAAUUCCAUGAAGGAGGAGAUAGAUUCGAUUAAGAAGAACAACACUUGGGAGCUUGUAGAUAAACCAGAAGGGAAGACUCCAAUUGGUGUGAAGUGGGUCUAUCGGGUGAAGUAUAAAGUAGAUGGGAGUGUGCAAAAAUACAAGGCAAGACUUGUAGGCAAAGGCUAUGUGCAGAAACAUGGUAUUGAUUUCCUUGAAACCUUUUCUCGUGUUGCUAGAUUUGAGAUUGUUAGAUUGGUGAUAGCAUUAGCAGCUCAAAUGAAAUGGAAGAUUUUUCAGUUUGAUGUUAAAUCUACUUUCUUAAAUGGUUGGUUGGAAGAAGAUGUCUAUGUUGAGCAGCCUGAAGGAUUCAUUGUUCGAGGCAAAGAAGAAAAGGUGUACAAGCUCAAGAAAGCUCUUUACAGACUCAAACAAGCCCCGCGAACUUGGUAUGGUAGACUUGAUUCAUACUUGCAUGAUAAUGAUUUUCAUCGCAAUGAAAAUGAGCCCACUUUGUAUGUGAAGGUGAAAGGAGGUGAUAUUCUCAUUAUUUGUGUUUAUGUGGAUGACAUUAUUUACACUGGUUCUUCUAACAUUCUUAUUGAAGAAUUUAAGAAGAAUAUGUCUGAAGAAUUUAAGAAGAAUAUGUCUGUUGAAUUUGACAUGUCUGAUUUGGGGCUGCUACAUUAUUUUCUUAGGUUAUAAAUUUACCAAACUAAUUAUGGUAUUUUUGUUUCACAGGAGAAGUACGCAUUGGAUUUGUUGAAAAAAUUCAACAUGCAGAAUUGCUAGAUGUUUGCUACUCCUAUGAAUACAAAUGACAAGCUGAC